AUGAGAAACCACACUUUUGUGACAACAUUCAUUCUUCUCGGACUGACAGAAGACCCAAAGUGGCAAAUCUUCAUUUUCCUUUUCCUCUUUAUAACGUAUUUCAUGAGCAUCACUGGAAAUCUCACCAUCAUCCUUCUCACCCUGUUGGAUGCCCACCUCAAAACACCUAUGUAUUACUUUCUUCAGAAGUUCUCCUUCUUGGAGAUCUCACUGACAUCUACCUGCAUCCCAAGGUACCUGGUCAGCAUAGUGACCAUGGAUAAAACAAUUUCCCGUGAGGCUUGCUUCACACAGCUGUUUGCUGCUCUUCUGUUUGGCAUAGCACAGUUUUUCUUGCUGGCUGUCAUGUCCUAUGACCGCUAUGUGGCCAUCUGCAAACCCCUUCACUACACAACCAUCAUGAGCAGCAGAGUCUGCACUUCGCUCUUUGGCAUUUGUUGUGCCAUCGCCUCCUUAGCAAUCUUUCCUGGAGUUAUCGUAAGUCUUGGGGUAGAAUUAUGUGGUAACAUUAUUGAACACUUUAUAUGUGACUAUUCUCCCAUCUUGAAGCUUUCCUGCAAUGACUCAGCAUUUAUGGAAAUGGUAAAUUUUAUUUUUGCCAUUAUCACUCUCCUGAUCACCUUGGCACUUGUAAUGUUCUCUUAUGGGAGAAUCAUAAGUACAAUUCUGAGGUUCCCUUCUGCCCAGCAGAGGAAGAAGGCUUUCUCCACCUGUUCCUCCCACAUGAUUGUGGUCUCCAUCUCUUAUGGCAGCUGCAUUUUCAUGUAUAUCAAACCUUCUGCGGAGGAGAGAAUAUCUGCAAACAAGGGGGUAGCAGUGCUGACUCUUUCAGUUGCCCCCGUACUAAAUCCUGUCAUAUACACCUUAAGAAAUAAACAAGUGAAGCAAGCCCUGAAGGAUGUAAUUAAGAAAUGUACCUCAAAUACCUCACAGUAG